UCUGUGUCAGUCUGAUGAAAGCCACUGAGAGUUUCACAGCUUCGCUCAGCAGUUCUCUCCAAGCUCACUGAGAAUCGUCUUUGUGUGCGCAGUGUAGACCUCAGACCCUUGGGGUCUGCUGAAACUAAGCCACUUACCUUUCUCAUCAUUAUAGCUGGACUUUACCACUUCGCAGCCAUGGACCCCUAUGAGGAUUUCUUCAAUGACACCGAAUACCCAACAUCAGAUGAAUACAUCACAGACAGAGAAGUGCGUCUGUGCGUGAAGACCGACGUGAACCAAUUUGGUGCCUAUUUCAUUCCAGCUUUCUACUAUAUGAACUUCUUGCUGAGCAUCCUGGGAAACAGCCUAGUGCUGUGCAUCAUCUACAAGUUCGAAAAGCUUAGCACAGUCACCAACAUCUUCCUACUCAACCUGGUCAUCUCGGACCUGCUCUUUGCGACCAGCUUGCCUUUUUGGGCCAUCUACCACAGCUCCGAUUGGAUAUUUGGCCGUCCACUCUGCAAACUGGUGGGCAGCUUGUAUUCAGUAGGCUUCUACAGCUCCAUCUUGUUCCUCACCCUCAUGACCUUCGAUCGCUACCUGGCCGUGGUGCACGCGAUCACAGCUGCCCAGAGCCGCCGGAGAGCAUAUGCGUUCGCCUCGUCCGGGGUCGUCUGGUUCCUCAGCAUCCUGGCUAGCAUCAAAGACAUGGUCCUUUACGAUGUGAGGGACAGCAAGUCGGAAGGUCGUCUGUGUGAAGAGACCGGCUAUACUCAAAAGACCAUGGUCAAAUGGCAGCUGGUGGGUUACUACCAGCAGUUUGGCUUGUUCUUCUUGCUGCCCCUCACGAUGGUACUCUACUGCUACGGACGGAUCACCGUCCGCAUAGUCUCCACUCGCAUGAGGGAGAAGUGCAGGGCCGUCAAGCUCAUCUUCGUCAUCAUCCUCACCUUCUUCAUAUGCUGGACACCCUACAACGUGGUCAUCCUCCUGUCGGCAGUCAAGCUGUCCUCCAGAGACGACUCGUGUUCAGACGGCCUGGACUACGCGCUGUACGUCACACGGAACAUCGCCUACCUGUACUGCUGCAUCAGCCCGGUGUUCUACACCUUCGUGGGGAAGAAGUUCCAAAGUCACUUCCGUAAACUUCUGGCCAGGCACAUACCAUGCCUGAAGAUAACCAUCCUGUCAUCUCAGAGCAGCAGGACCACAUCGUUCAAGAGCCCGAAUACAGACUACUAGUGAGCAAUGACAGUCAAUAAUCUGGUUUGGAUUUUUUUUUUGGUUUGAUGCUGCACUGAUUCAGAAUACGAACAAAUGUAUAGCACGACUGCUUUGUGCUGGGGGUGUCAAGUCCCCUGGGACAAACAUGUUGCAACAGAUAUGAGGUUAUUGCAAUUUAAAAAUAAUACCUUUUCAAGGUAUUCUAUAUUCUAUAUUCUUCUUGAGUGGAAGCUGAGUCAGAACAGAAAAAAGCAUUUGAGGAAGUUAAGAAUUGAAUCCGCUUUUGAGUCUAUGCCUCAUUUCUGUGGUUCAGGCAUUUACCACAGUAGUAAGCAGCUUAAGAUUAUUCGGCAGAUCUUUAUAGAACAUAUGUUUUUUGGGGUUUAUUUUUUUGUUGUUUUUUUUUCCUUCAUCAGGGGUGUCCAGUCUUAUCCACAAAGGGCUGGUGUGGCUGUAGGCUUUCAUUCCAACAAAGCAGGACAUCAUCAGCAGUUUGAAGCCUGAAACCAACAAAGUAAACAAGUAGAAUCAGGUGAGCUCCAGCUCGUUUUGAGGGAAAACCUGCAGCCACAUCGGCCCUUUGUGGAUAAGACUGGACACCCCUGUAUUACAUUGUUCUCACUAUUUUGUUGUUAAGUGAAACUAGUUGUCUGAUAUGUCUUUCAAGUGUGCAGGAAAUUACUGAUUUGGGGUCAGACUGGUCAGACUGGAGAAAUGAGCGAAGACUAGACGUUACUUUCUGGUAAAUAAAGUACAUUGAUAUUGUGCACUUUCUGUACCUAUUUUUAUACAACCCCAAUUCCAAUGAAGUGGGGACGUUGUGUAAAACAAAUAAAAACAGAAUACGAUGAUUUGCAA